UGUAUUGCGCAGUCGCAGAACUCUGUUAUGGAGACUACCGCUGCCCUCGCAUUGAGCCCCGUCGAGUCCGCAGCGCUCCCUGUGAGAUAAACUGCCUGCGUUACUUUCAGUUUUGUCUUCGGGGCUUUUUGUCGCCGCCGAUGUGAUGUGCGGCUCGGGUUCGGGCCCGCAGCUCCACCGGGGACAGCCGCUUGUACGUGACCGUGGGCCCCGUCGAGUCUCCCGUCCGUCUCCUCCCCACCGAGCAACGAGGCUGAGCGGCGGAACUUUGGACUCUCAGCUUGUUUGUUGUUGUUUUAUGACUGCGGAAGACCUGGGCAACCAGCUGCUCUUAGAAACCAACGCGCAGGACUUCUUACGACCUUAACGUAAGUAUGCUUGACUCCCAGCCACCGAUUUGAGACCACACGAUGGACGGCAAAAGGAGCAGUGGAGGUGAAGGAGGGAGCGGAGAUCCAGAGGUCGAGGAUGAGUUUGCUUGCGCCGGGAUGCUGCGGGGAUCUCUGACUUCCCUGCACAGCACCGUGGAGCGGAUAUUCAGGGUGACAUUUGGAAUCGGAGCGGACGAUUUGCCAAACGGGAACAACGGUCAGAUAUGGCUGAAGCUGCAGGGCCUCAGCAUCGACGUGAAAGCUGCCAAAUUAUUUGUGAAGGGAGUCGUAAAUCAGGAGGUGCAGCAGGAACUCUCGUAUCCCGGGGCCCUUCACUGCAUCUUCUGUGGAGCCAGAGGGCUGUUCAUGGACAGCCUGAUCAAAAACACUUCAGCGCUCAUUGUGGUGGGCUCGCCUGGAUUCCUGCUCGUGUCCGGCCUGGCCGAGCCGGUGGUGCGAGCCUACUCACUGAUCGCAGACCUAGUGGCGAGGUAUGAAGGCACCCAGUCCAAACGCACUGAGAUGGGGGACAGAGUCUUGGGUGAGUCCCUGGAUUCGCGAAGGGCCUUCAAAACUCUGGUGGAGAAAUGGGAGGACAGACACGUUCUGGAUCUUCUCGUACUUCCAGGGACUGUGAAGGAAAUCCUUCUGGAUUUGGUGAAAGAAUCGGGCCUUGGAUCGAGUCCAAGCCCAGAACCGAUGCAUGACAAUACAGGUGCAAAAUCACAUAAAGAUUCCAGAGAUGACUGGGACAAAGCCAGUAGUUCUAAGAAAACGCUCCCCGAUCCUUUCAGUAACGCCGAUCGAUGGGCUGAAGGGAAGGCUACAACUUAUGACUCUGCAGCAAAGGACCCCUUUCUCCAAGAUUUUUUCUCUCCUGUAGGCACCAGAGGGAAGGCAGAAGGGGCUGAGGAAAGACUUUUGCACUCUCCUCAGGAAGUGGGGGAAGAGGAACAGCUUGAGAAACAGGCAACUGGCGUCAAGGCGGGCAAAGGACAAGGGGACAGUGAAGAGCCAGAGUGGCAGUUGUCAAUGGGAAACAAGGAGUUCUGGCUUCUUUUAAAGUUCUUCACAGCCAUGGGGUACACGGAGGAUGUUGUAAAACGUGUUCUUAAAAAAACGGGGCCUAAAGAGGCGUCACAGAUUCUGGACUUAGUUCAACAGGAGCAGGACCUCAGUGACCGGGAGCAGAACAUAUGUAGCGGUACAAGCACAAAAAAAAAAGAUGGUGUUAUUUUGCACCAGGGAAAAGAGCAGCCCUGUGAGACGGAGCACAAAGAGGAUGAGGAUACAGAGGAAGCAGGGCGUAAAAUAAAGCAUAGCAACGGAGAUUUUGAAGGAGUAGGAGGCGAGGAGUUGGCGAUAAGAAAUCACAAACACUCUCAAGGAUGGGGUAGCGAAGAUGUUCAGGAAGCAGAACAACAGGAAGACUUUGUCCUAGGGGUAAUGAAGAAAGCAGCUGCUACAUGUGGAUACACUGAGGAGAAUGUGACCAAAAUCUACAGCAUGUUGGCUGAGGGGUCCACUCACCAGCUACUUCUAGAGCUGCAGAAAAAGGAAAGCAAGGAGACAGAAGGCUCCAAGAAAGAACCAAGAGAGAUUCAUGAUGUCUUGGUGGAAAAAGAAGAGACAAAUCUCAGACUAGCUGAGACUGAGGCAAAAGGAGAGUUUUUUAUUCACAAAGAAAAAACAGAUCCUGAUGAAGGACAAACCAAAGAGCCAAAGCGGUCUACGCAGUUAGCAGAAUCCGACCUGUGUACCUGGAGUAAUAAACCAAAGCAUCUGGCCCCUAAUCAACCCAUUUCACAGUUAAACCAGCCUUUAAACACGUUUAGACCUCACCAAGAUGUCCUGCAAGAUGUCAAGGGGCCCCCCAUGCCUACCUACGCCUCUUCUCUAGGUCCUCCACUAAUGACUUUUCACCCCAACAAGCAACAGGGCCAAACCACCUACAGGCCCGACCCGGCCACGUCCAAGCAAACGCAUCAAACUCACAAUAAUGCGCCAAACUCAAAGCGCCACUCUGCAAGAGAUUCAAAGCAAGAGCAUCAAGCUCAGCCCAACGUCUUCUUCGCAAGUGACCCGCCCUCCAAUAGAGCGAGGGAUAAACGGAGCUUCAUGUCACCUUCUUCGUCCGUGGUGGUGACUGGGGAGCAGCGCUUCCUGGAGGGUCUUCAGACCCCCUUUCAGCUAAAGCUUACGGACAAACCUGGAAACCCGAACCUGAGGGCAAUCGUUAUCGACGGGAGCAACGUGGCAAUGAGUCACGGGUUGGGUCAUUUCUUCUCCUGCAGAGGAAUCGCUCUGGCCGUCCAGCAUUUUUGGGACCGAGGCCAUCGUCACAUCAGCGCUCUGGUGCCACAGUGGAGGCAGAAGAAUGACCCCAGGAUAAAAGAGCAGCACUAUAUGACGGACCUGCAGAACCUGGGCCUGCUUUCCUACACCCCCUCCAGAGAGGUCCAUGGCAAGAGAAUCAGCUCUUAUGAUGACAGACUGAUACUGCAGCUUGCACAAAAAACAGAUGGCGUGAUAGUAACCAAUGACAACCUGAGAGACCUCUUGGAUGAGUCGCCUGUAUGGAGGGACAUCAUCAAAAAGAGACUUCUUCAGUACACAUUUGUCGGCGAUCUCUUUAUGGUUCCAGACGACCCGCUGGGCAGAGGAGGGCCUCACCUGGACGAUUUCUUACGUUCAGAGCAUAGGACUCCCGACCCAGGAAAUCAUUCGUUCGCCGGUUUAGCAAGCACUUUUCCUUCCACCAAGCCGCCUCGCUCCCAAACCGAACCCUUAAACUUCCGCGACCGAACCCCCGGGGGCGCUGUGGACUCUUUAGCUUUCGGCGGCCGAGGGAGGGGCAGGAGGUGGGAGGCGGAGAGCCAGCACAGGCAGCUCGGGGCGGGCGGCCACAGGAUUACGGUGACCGCCGAGAGGAACCCCGAGGAGACGGCUCACCUGAGGGAGCAGCUGCUCAACAUCUUCGAGGGACAGGACAACAUGGUGACGCUGGUGCUGCAGUGCCAUCUGGCAGAGAGAGACAUAAAUGUGCUUUCUGAUCUCAUCUUAGAGCAGCACAAGGACUAGAAAUCUCCUUAUUUAAUAGUUUUUUUCCCCCCUUGUUGAUAAAACGUUUUCCUGAUAAAUGGCUUUGUUUUGUACCAAAGCAAUUCCGACUACACAUUACAGAUAAUCCGUGCAUUGUCUGAAAGACGCAACAAAACGUCGACAAAUCAUCGAGAACGUCCCGUCUCCUCUGUGCCGUCUUUGCCGGGACCUUUUAUGUUCGAGUCUUAAUGUUUAUCUGAGCUUCUGCUUUUAAUCCACAACUUAAGUAAACUGCCGCUUUGCACCGUGAACCUGAAAUUAUUUCCCAGAAAGAAAUGAACCGACAAUUAUGAGCCCGUAAGACUGCAAUUGUUUAUUUCCAAGGUAAAAUUUCCAUUAAACUGAUUAGUAAAAGGAAAAAAAAAAACAAAUAACGUCUACAUAGCAUUUGCUACUGCUAGCCACAGCAGUUGGUUGUGUUAAGCUCUGACUUAGUGGUGGAGAAUCAUGAAUCCAGUUUUUAGUUAUGAGGAGAACAUGCCUGGAAAAUUGCUCCAGAAAAAAUUUAAAUGUCAAAAGAAAUGUGUUCUGUUUUUUAGCAAAUGGUUCAGUUAUACGUUUAGUAGAUUACACCUUUGACUCAGUGAAAGUUGUCACAUAGACUCUUACUUUCAUAGAGUAGGUAUAAAACUAACACAAAAAUGCAGAGCUAAGCCAGCAGCGAAUUUUUUGGUUUGGUCUGCGUGUCUCAAUAGAUGUUAGAUGAAUGAUUUGUGGUCUUCAGUUCACAAUUACUAAGCGAGGAGAUUCUUUCUUCCCCUCUUAUGCGUCCAACACCAAUUUCUUCAUUAGAUUUCAAUCAGACGAGUGAAAGGGCUAAUUAUUAGCAUGCUAGUCCGUGCUAGCAUGCUAAUGAGCGAACAAAGUAAACAUCUGAUAAUCUGUGGACCUUUAAUUAAAAAUAUUUAUAGCUUUUGGGGCUUUUUUAAAAAAUAAAAUAAUUAGUGUUUGACACACUGACUUUUAUAAAUGGAAGGUUUCUGACUGUUAAGAUAUUAUUUUUGAGAAGGAAAUGCAAAAAACUUUCUAUGUUUCUACAUUUUACAGCUGUUAUGCAGAGGUGGAAAUAUGUGGAGCUCGGUGUAGGUUGAAACUCCUUAUAGAAACACUGAACCAAACCCUGCAACAUUUUGUACAUUUGGUCUCUUAUUUUACUUUAUUUUUUAAUAUUGUCGGGUUUGACAAUCGUACCCAAAACUAUGACCAAACCAAAUCAAGAUCUUUUUUUUUUUAUCUCACUAAUUUUUCACUGAUUAUUGAAAUAACUUUACUUGCUGUGUUUAUAUCUGUAAAUUUUUAAGAGCUUAUUAAAGUUAUUCCUGUGGUA